AUGCAGGAUUUCUUAGCCCUUUCAGCGUCUCGCAGAAUAUCAGAGAUACGCAGUCGAAAAAUUUGCACUAAUUGUCUCCGCUCUACAACGCACACAGCUAGUAAAUGUCCAUCAGGCAAUUGUAAAACUUGCAAGGGCAAACACAGUACAUUGCUACAUGCAACAACUUCUACAGACUUAUCAGACCGUGACAAGGAAAAUCGCGAAGAGCCAGCGCCAGCAGCAUCUCCAACGGCGCUGGUCAUGCAUACGUCUGACCUUCCCGACAACGGGUAUAAAUGGUGCAACUACCACAUCCACGCAAACCGUCCGGUUGAAAUUAAUUAUCAUCACGGUUUACGACUUAUAACAUCGGUAAAUGAUGUAUUAUACGACAAACAAGUUUCUAAUUUCUACCGUGAUAUAGUGUCGCCAUCGUCAACGCGGAGUUCGUGGCUGACUAGGCAGAAGCCUUAA